GGUGUUUGUGCUUCUCCGAGCCUCUCUCCCCGCCCCCGACUCUCCCGCCCGCCCCGCCGGGACCUCUCCUCUCCGGGCGGCACCAGAGCCGCCUCAGGGCGGGCGACGGCAGAGGUGCUGGUGGGGCGCUCUCGCCGUCCAGCCCGCUGGGAACAUGGCGACCGGCGGCUACCGCAGCGCCGGGGGAAGCACCACGGACUUUCUGGAGGAGUGGAAAGCCAAGCGGGAGAAGAUGCGGGCAAAGCAGGCGCCGCCGACCCCGGGCGCAUCGGCCGGAGGGGAGCCCCGUCCCGCAGGGGGCGGCCCCUCCGCCGAGCUGAACAACAACAACAACCUGCCCCCCGACCGCGCGGCGCCCCCCGCCGGCGGGGCCGUGAACUGCGUCAGCCUGGCCAGCGCCGCCCUGGGCCGCGCCGCCCCCGCCAAGGAGCCGCCGCCUGCCCUCGCCGGGGGCCGCGGGGUCGAGACCGCCGCCGCGCCGGACUCCCCCGAGGGCGAGGAGAAGCUGGCCACCAAGGGAAAGAGCUCAGGCCCCAGCGCCAGGAAGGGGAAGGGGCAGAUCGAGAAGAGAAAGCUGAGAGAGAAGAGGAGGUCGACAGGUGUGGUGAACAUCCCGGCCGCCGAGAGCCUUGAUGAGUACGAAGAUGACGAAGCAGGGCAGAAGGAACGAAAGAAGGAGGAUGCUAUUACCCAACAGAAUACGAUACAAAAUGAGAGUUCCAUUGCAGAUACCUCUAGCUCAUACUUACUCCAGGACUCCUCCAGGAUGGUUUCAAGCAGGUAUAAAAGCACAGCUAAUGCACCAGAAGAUGACGCUCCAAAUAGAUAUUCCCGAACAGAGAGGACAACUUACAGCAGAUACAGCAGGGAUGCAAAUUCUUCUGGCAGUUCUCUACCAAGUAACACUUUGGAAAAGAGGAUUGAGGAACUUGAAAGGGAACUUGCAAAGGAAAGACAGGAAAAUGCAAGAUUAAUGAAGAUGACGCAGGACAAAGAGGAACUAAUUGGAAAGCUGAAGGAAGAAAUUGAUUUAUUAAACAGAGACCUAGAUGAUAUAGAAGAUGAAAAUGAACAGUUGAAACAAGAAAAUAAAACCCUCUUAAAAGUUGUUGGACAGCUGACAAGGUAGAAGAUUCAGACCUCAAUGAGGAAAGAUUUAAAAACUACUGAGUGAACAUUAAGGUCAAUGUAGUAAUACUUCCUGUGUGUUGCAGUAUGUUAUAAUAACUGUUUGUAUAUUUAUUGUUAGGAAACCAGAUGAAUGUUUAUUUUCAUAGUACUUGUUCAAUGAAAUGACAUAAAAUUUGGGGUAUAUUUUUAGCUUUCUUUUCACAUAAGCAUAAUUAAACUUUUUGAUGUAUUUCAAAAUAUUAAGUUCAAAAAUAUUUGGGUUUUGUAUCUUCAGAUUACAUCUGCAUAAAUUACAAUAUUUUAAAAUUCAUAGCACCAAGAUCACUUUCAAUCCAUGUGGGUGUAUAUUUUUUAAAUGAAUGGAAGCAAUACAUAUAAACUUUGUUUACAGAGAUCCAAAAUAUAUAUUUUGGGAAAAGCUUCCUUUUUUGUUUAAACAGCUGUAAAGUGGAUGCCUUAUUACUGAUGUAUAACAUUUUGCAGAUCAAUGACUUGCUCUAGAACUCUUGUAUGUUGAAGUUUUUUUUACUGUAUCUGAAAGAUUGACAGUAGUAGAGAGUAGCAAUUUUUUUUUCUGUGUUUAACAGUAUUCUGUCAGGAGGGGAAGGUUUUACUGAAAAAAAAAAAAAAAGCAAACACAGAACACCAAAAA